UGCGCGCUCAAUGGAGCUCACGUUAACUGUGCUCUCAAGGAUAACGCGAAUUAAUCAUCACAUGGGAUCCAUUACUGUGCUUAACAGAGAUGUCCAUUGAAAGUGAACAUUUGUCAGCUGACAACGAGACACGAAGGCGAAGGUUUGCAGCUGACCGUUCAGAUGAAACAGCAGAUCCACAAUGGAACCAGCAGAGCCCCAGAGGUGGUCCCAGAGGGCUGGAGUGUGAUGGGGUGUGUGGGGCACACCUGCACCAGGAGGGCCUUGAUGGACACUCCUCCCUCCUCUGUACCUCCCUGCCAUUGAGUCCCUCCGCACCCAAGUACUUAUGUACUCAAGGAAGUCAUAGCUUGCAUGCAUUGGAUGAUGAAUGGGUGGAGGUCCCCUGCAAGACAACUAUAAGUGCAGAGAAUGAAGUGGAGGCACAGAAACUGGCUAACAAUUACAAGUUUGGAUUCAGGAAAUGGAAAAGUCAUGUCACUGAGCGACCCUUUGAAGAGAGAUCAGAGGUAGUGAAAGAGCUCUACUCUGAGUUGAAUGUCAUCAAACCUCACACAGGUUCCUUGAUUUCCUGUGGCAAUGUCUUCUAUGUGAUUUUGUUUGGAUGGUGGCUUGCCCUGGUCUACAUUUUGCUCAGUCUUGUGAUGUUCACUACUCUCAUUGGGAUCCCAUAUGGUAAACUUUGCUGGAAUUUAUCAGGUUAUUUUCUCUGGCCGUUUGGGAAGUCCAUAACAAAGGGCGUGGCUUCAGACAGAAGACCUAAAAGGAAAGACGCACACACCUUUACUGAGGAUGUAGAAGACAAUCGGGGAGCCUCUACUUUUUUGCUGCCAACACCUGUAGAAGAGAUUGUCGAGGAGCCUCAGCCACCACUCAAAACCUCACACUGGAAACGUGUGAGUACUUACGUGUGGCUUCUGCUGGGCUAUCCCGUCCUGGUUAUCUUUCACUCUCUGGGCUGCCUGCUGUCUUGGCUGCUGGUCGUCACCAUCCCUGUGGCCAAGAUGAAUGCCCGUGCAGUGGGCUCAAUUCUACUUUUGCCACCUGAGGAAGUUCACAUCAGCCCUGUAACGGAGCCACAGUCUGGUGAGGACACGGCUCUGCUGUGCUGCAACCAUGCUAUCAAUGGCUACUACUACAAGUACACGGUGGAUGGGAUCAAUGUGUUUGCUGUCAACCUUUUACCGCUGGUCAUUAUCGCUCUGGUGAUUGGUUACGUUGACAAAGACAAUAAAUUUGCCUCUUCGGAGGUCAAAUUUGCCACAGCCAUUGGCUCAAUCAUUCCUUUGUCCUACUACAUUGGUAUGGGUAUCGCUAGUAUUUCAGCGCAGAGUAACUUUGCCGUUGGUGCAGUUGUGAACGCCACAUUUGGCUCCAUCGCGGAGAUGACCUUCUAUAUCACCGCCCUGAUCAGGGGACACAGCCAAGGAAACCAGUGUCUGCAGGAGAUAGUCAAGGCUGCCCUGACUGGAACUCUGCUGGGAUGCAUUCUCUUCAUCCCCGGGAUCUGCAUGGUCAUUGGUGGACUGAGACACAGGGAGCAAAGGUUCAACAGUCGCUCGGCUGGAGUCAGCUCAUCACUGCUCUUCAUAUCCAUUGGAGGGGUGUUUGCUCCAACAAUGUUCUCUAAGGCCUAUGGCAAUCUGAUCUGUGAAGGCUGCAGUUCCACGGGGACCAAUGCCUCCACAAAUACUAGUGGUCCUUACGUUUGCCACAACUGUCACUAUGACCUGGGUGAAAAAAACUCCACCAUGUUCCAUGACCAUAUUGAGCCACUGGUGUACUCGGUCUCUGCCCUCUUACCUGCUGCUUACAUCAUUGGUCUCAUCUUUACCCUGAAGACACACUCACACAUCUACGAUAUCCAAGUUGGUGAUAGUAAUGCAUCUGGACACCUAGGGGCUGUGGUCCACUGGUCACGGUGGAGAGCUUUGUUCAUUCUCAUCGUGGCCACAGUGCUAAUGUCGGCCUGUGCAGACCUGACCACAGAACAUAUUCAGCCAAUCCUCAGCCAGCCUGGCAUCUCCCAGUAUUUCAUUGGUGUCACCGUGCUGGCUAUGGUGCCUGAAAUUCCGGAGAUAGUGAAUGGAAUCCAGUUUGCCCUCCAGAAUAAUAUCAGUUUGAGCUUGGAGGUGGGAAGCUGCAUUGCUGUGCAAGUGUGUAUGAUUCAGAUCCCUCUACUGGUCCUCUUCAAUGCUGUCUAUGAUGUUGGCUUUGUCCUCAUAUUCAGCGAUCUCCAUCUAUGGGCAAGCAUUUUCAGUGUGAUUCUUGUCAACUAUAUUUUCAUGGAUGGCAAGUCUGAUUAUUUUCAAGGUACUGCUCUGGUAGUGGUUUACCUCAUACUUCUGGCUGUGUACUUCUAUGCACCCUCCCCUGCUGGCUGCUAAGCAACUGAUGAGGUCAUAGUACUGUAAUUUCUUACUUGAAAAGUGUACGGUCCAAAAUGUCUCAGCUUCAUCUUUCGAACUCGAAGGAUUUAGUUUGCACCUUUUCUAUGAAACUGAAACGUCUGCAAUAGAUAUUUCUAACCUCUUUAGAUAUUUUGUAAAUGUAUGAUUUUGGUUUGAUUUUCUUGUUUGUUUGUUUUGUUCUAAAUGAGAUCUUGCUGCUGAUUUGAAUGCUGAGAGGGAAAUGUGUGAAAAUUAGAAUGAGCUAACCCUUUAUCUGACACAUUCUCAAUUGCAAAACUGCAAUAGGAGUUAAGUGUGUUUUAUUUUAUUAUAUUAAUUAAGUGUAUCUUAACAGUUUAGUUAUCCAAAGAGAGAACAAGAGUAUGUGUGUAUGUAUGUAUGUUUGUACAUGAAGUCACUUUUGUUGAACAUAAACUAAACCUUACUAAACCAUCA